CAAGGUGUUGUGGUGACUCAAAUUAAGCAGUCACACUGCCACCCAAACGUGACAGGAACUACACAAUUUCUUCCAACGAGCCAGAAUGCCUGCCCAGGGACACAGAUUGUACGUCAAGGCUAAGCACCUUUCUUUCCAACGUAGCAAGUGCAACAUUCGCCCUGGCACUUCCCUCGUGAAGAUCGAGGGAUGUGAUUCCAAGGAGGCUGCCCAGUUCUACUUGGGUAAGCGUGUUUGUUACGUCUACAAGAGCUCUAAGGCCGUUCGCGGCUCCAAGAUUCGUGUUAUCUGGGGUACCAUUGCCCGUCCUCACGGAAACUCUGGCGUUGUUCGUGCUCGCUUCACGCACAACCUCCCCUCCAAGACCUUUGGAGCCUCUCUCCGUGUUAUGCUUUACCCUUCUACUAUUUAAAUAGAAUAGGAACGCGGUAAUGUCUUUUUAACACAACAAAAAUAGGAAACUUGGCAGGUGUGUAUAGUAAAGGCUGUGAAUGGGAUUGGUGCGAGGAAUUAAUGGGUUUGUAGGUAACGGUGGG